AUGCCAGAGAUACCCAAGUUCAUCGGGAAGGACCCGCGAACCGAGCUUCCUGAGCUGUAUGCACGAAGACUCGACCCGAACAGAAUGUUGCAACGGGACAUUACGUCGUCUGCUAUUGAUGAGUACUACGGGCCUUCGACGUUCCUGCACAUGGCGUUGAAAGAGUACAUGGACGAGAAGAAGAGAACGGAAUAUCUACAAUUGUUCCACCUAAAUAAGGUGGAAUAUAAUUAUUUGGACGGUCUGGGGUGCUUCCAUAUACCGGACGAGCAAUUGUUCGAGAGUUACAUUGAUAGCUAUUUCCAGGUCCUCCAUCCCCAGCUACCAGUUAUAAAUAAGCAGCAGUUUUUGGAAGAUUAUCUGACGCUGAAAAAUCCACAGAGCUUACUCCUGCUGCAGUCUGUGCUGUUUGCAGGCUCCCGAGUCUAUGGCGACCCCAAUUGGACAGACGAGGAACGGGCUCACCAGGAGAAAAUAAGCAUGCUUCUCAACCGCCGUGCCAAAGCGCUUUUUGAGCACCACGUGGAGACAGAGCCAAUUCCGUUGCUUCAAUCGAUGAUAGUUUUUGGAAAUUACUGGGAUUCCCAUGUCGGGAACACGAAAAAUGGCAUUUUCCUCAAUACCAUCAAGCUGGCAGCAUCAACGGCCUUGUGCAUUGGACUUAAUAGAAAUUUCGACCAGCGGCCAGAGCUGUCUAUCAUGGAGAAAAACCUUUACAAGCGAAUAUGGUGGGCCAUUUUCAUCAGAGACACUUACAGCUCUUUCACCUUUGCCAGACCGUUUUCGAUUGAUCUUUCCGAGUGCGAGGUUCCUUGGCCGACGAGAGAGACUCUUGUGGACAGCAAAGAAGGCUCUUUUGGCUACGAGUUUGAUACAAGCGAUCUGGAUAAGGACUUUUUCCUGCACAAAUUGGCUCUCGCCAAAGUGACGAGAAAUAUUAUGGACAACCAGAAUUUAAUUUCGAAAAUCACGGAAAAAGGCGCUUCCACAUACUCUCUGCUCAAAGAGUGUGACAUGCUGCUCUACGAAUGGAUCCAGAAACUGCCCGACACGCUGAAACUGGAUGUGCGCGACAAAAACAGCCCUCCUAAUUUCUACGCUGCUUGUCUCGCACUAGAGUACCAUACGGUGCUGCUUUUCAUUCACCGCAGCAACAUUGUGAGCAGCUCGCGGCCAGAAAGAGCCUCAGAGAACCUGGACACGCUCCCGUCGUGGAGCGUCUCGUUCAAAGCAGCGUAUACGGUUAUGCUGAUUGGUGAGUAUCUCACAAAACACCAGCUUCUGGAGAAGUACAACGGCAUGAUAAUCUACAGUAUGUGGAGCGCAGGCACCAUGAUGGUGUAUCACCUGUACAACAAGGACCCGAAGAUCUCGGAGAUUGCGCAUCGGUCGAUUCUUGCGUGCAUUAAUGUUCUUGCAGAGACGAAGAAAAAGUGGCCUAUGGCCGAUUUCGUGAUGUUCAGUCUCAAAAUGUUUUUGACGGACAAGUCAAGACGGCAGAUGCUGAUUCGAGGCAUACUGAAUACCGUGAAUAAGGAAGUCAACUUAGAACGGCGGACGUUAUACACGAGUGUCAUUUUGGAUGAGUCACUGAGACGAUUUGAGCCGGACGAGAGAAGGUGCUACGGUACACCGCUCGUCAGCGCAGAGAGGGGCACGCUUAGAGAGCCGUCGACUGUACCUCCUAUUACAGAGAGCCCUUCUAGACGGAAACCUGCUUUACUAAACGAGGGCACUCAAGGCAUGUCUCCAGGAGUUCUGGAGCCGUCUCUCACAGAACUAAUAGACGAAAACUGGCUGCCAUCGUUCGACGUAUCCGGGUUUCCUGACGUUACAGGGGCCACGACUCCAGAUAAUAUGGCUAUGUCGAACCUCGUGGGUGAUCUGUUUGGCGUUUUCGGUGGCAGCGAAUAUGGUUUCUAA